AUGUUGCUCUCCUCCUACGCCUCCCUCCUCUGUUUGCUUCUCAAGGGCUUUCAGACCAUCGAGGCUACAGAUACAAGCAACAAUAACCCUUAUCGGAACCUGUCUCCUGACUUUGCCUUCAGUCUUUUUAAGAACCUAGAAACCUUGAAUCCCAACAAGGACAUCUUGAUCUCCCCUGUAAGCAUUUCUAUGGCCUUGACUAUGCUGGCUAUGGGUACCGGAGGCCCUGCACGCAUUCAACUGUUUAAUGGCCUGGGCUUAGACCUCAGUGAAAUGUCAAACUAUGACGUCCAAGAGAGUUUCCGGCUACUUUAUGAAUUCUUCAGGCAGUCAGACAGAAGCUUCAAAAUGAGCAUAGGAAGAACCUUGUUCCAAAAUCAGACCCUGAAUAUCAUGACGGUAUUCCCAGUAAAAGCCCAGCACUACUAUGGGUUGGACAACUUGCCUUUAGAUUUCCAGGACUGGACCAAAACCAGCAGUCAAAUCAACGAGUAUGUAAAGAAUAAAACACAGGGGGAAAUAUCAGACUUAAUCUUGGAUAUCCAGAGCCCAAACACCAUCGUCCUGAUCAACUACGUCUUCUUCUCAGGCACAUGGGAACAGGCCUUCAACCCAGAAGACACCAGGUUGGAAGACUUCUAUUUGGAUGACAUGACCGUGGUGAAGGUGCCCAUGAUGUUCCAGUCCAAUGUCUUUAAGUACUUGUAUGACUCAGAGCUGGAAUGCAUGGUGGUACAGUUGGAGUAUAAGAACAACAGCACUGCCUUUUUCAUCCUCCCCGACAGCAAGAAGAUGGACAUGGUCAUCCAGGCGCUGAGCCCAGACAGGCUUCGUAGGUGGGCCACGUCCAUGAUCAGCAGCAAUGUGGACCUCUACAUCCCCAAACUCUCCCUGUCUGGUCUCUAUGACCUUGGGGAAAUCCUGAAGGCCCUGAGUCUCAAUGAUUUAAAGAACAACCAUACAGACUUGAACAAAUACACCAGCAUAGUACAGACGUUGUCAAAGGUGGUAUACAGCUCCAAUCUGCAAUUCAAUGAGAAUGGCCAGGCAGCUUCGUCCAACAUCCUCAGCAGGUCUGUGGGCCGCAAAGCUCCUGCAAUUCGCUUCAACCAUCCCUUCAUCAUCAUGGUCUUCCACCCUACCUCAUGGAACUGCCUUUUCCUGGGCAAAAUCAUGAACCCACAGGAACUCACCGGCCAUGAGAAGCCAUGA